GCAAUCUACAAUAAUGAUGCACUGUGGGAUUGCAGAAUAUUGACAUAGCAACCAGGCGACACAGCCACCAAGCUCCUUUUCACUCUGGAUUAGUUCUUGCUUUAUCGUCUGUGUUUAAAGUACUUAGAUUUAUUUUUGCCUAUUGUUAUGAAUGCGGCAGUGGUAAGAAAGACCCAGGAUACACUGGGCAAAGUAAUAAAGAAGCCACCUCUCACGGAGAAGCUGCUAAUCAAACCCCCGUUUCGAUACCUUCAUCACUUUCAGGUCAUCAGGACCACUGGUUUUAUGAAAGGCCUAUAUGGAGAUAAUGAAAUGAAGUCAGAUAAUGUUAAGGACAAAGACUCUAAGAUAGCCUACCUCCAGAAAGCCAUAGAUGUUGUGAUGCUGGUGAGUGGCGAGUCCCUGGCGGCAAAGCCAGCACGCAUUGUGGCCGGCCAUGAGCCUGAGAAAACAAAUGAACUACUGCAGGCUAUUGCCAAGUGCUGCCUCAACAAGGUGCCCAGUGAUGAUGCAGUGAAGCGAGUGCUUACAGGAGAAAAGGUGGACAUGAAGACCAAAGCCAGUACGUCCAGGUCCCAGGACAAAGAGAAUAGGGAAGGGCGUGAGCAUCUUAUGGACAGAGAGGAGAAGAAAAGGAUCACGGAGCGCAGCGGAAGUCAGGAACAGAAGGACCCAGAUCAGCCCAAAGAGCAGGAUAGUCGACGUAGAGAUAGAGAGAAAGAGCGCCACCGGGACCGGGAGCGCCCCGACAAGCAUCACCGCAGUGAACAGGACCAUGGCAAAGACAGGAGCAGAGACAAGGAUAGAGACAAAGGACGAGUUAAAGACAGAGACAAGGAGAAGGACAAUGAGAGGGAUCGAGAAAGGGACAGGGAUAAAGAGCGCGAAAGGACAAGAGAGAGAGAUUCCCACAGAGACUGGGAAAGAGACAAGGAGAAACGAAGAGACAAAGAGCGGGAGAAAGAGAGAGGGCGAUACAAAACCAAAAUAUCUGAGGAACCACAGCAAAAACUCAGCCCUGAGGAGCUCAGCAAAACAACCAAACCUGUGCCAGCGGAAACUUCACCCAGUGAAGAGCCUGCAGAAGCUGUUGAAAACCAGUCUGACAGUCCAGCUAGAAUACCUCGGCCUUCUUCUGCCAAAGGGCAGAGACGGAGACCCAAACCUGGGGGUCAAGAAGAAUCUGACAGUGAGGGAGAUGCAGAGGCUCAGUUAGCUCAGAGACACGUACCUCAGGAAAGUGGCGACACCGCAGGUUCUUCAGUUCCAUCUGUCGGUGCUUCCAGCAGCAGGCAAAUAUCACGGCCCAGCAGUGCUCGCCCAGCCCCCCCUCGACUCAAGAAACAGGAGACUUACAAAGAUGCAGCCUCAGCUGAGAGGCUUUCUAGUGCCAAGCAUUCAGCACCUCUCAUCAUGGAUGGGAAGAAGUUGUCUGAGGAUGAGGAGGAUGAAGAUGAACAAUUUCUUGUAGAGGAGACUCUUCCUCCACCCUCAGGUGCUCCUGAGAUGACCAUGCAACCUGCACAAGAACUAGACAGUGAAGAGAAACAUGGUGGACUUGUGAUAAAGAUCCUUGAGACCAAGAAAGACUAUGAAUUGUCAUCAUCCUCCCCUAAAUCUAAAGAACAGAACCUGGUGUCUGAAGCAGCUCGGAAGAAAGAGCGGGACAUGGUGACGAGGGAGACUGAGCGGCUCCGCUCCUCCAUCCAGGCAGUGUGCCGCAGCACCCUGCCUUUGGGCAAGAUCAUGGAUUACAUCCAGGAGGACAUGGACGCUAUGCAGGCUGAACUGCACACCUGGCGGCGGGAGAACAAGGAGCAUGCACAGGCUUUGCUGCAGGAGCAAAGAGUGACAGACCAGUCAGUGGAGCCUCUUAAAGCAGAACUGUCUGAGCUGGAGCAGCUGGUCAAGGACCAACAGGACAAGAUUUGUGCUGUAAGGUCCAACAUACUGAGGAAUGAAGAAAAGAUCCAGAAGAUGGUGACUGGAAUCAACUUCUCUUCCAGAACGAACCUGAAGUGAGAAACGGGGUCUACAAAGAAAAACUCAUAAAAAUGCACUGAAGAUUUAGGUAUGACCAGUUUCUCGUUCUGAAAAACGCCGUGGCUAUUUUUUUUCCUGGAGCUUAUGUAAGAUGUGACCAAACACUGCACUUUUAGGUUUUUCUGUCAGAAAAGGAGAUGGACCCAAACCUGUCCCUGUAGAACCAUGGUGGGAAAUCAUCAUUAGUCAGAUGUUGGCAAACAAAAGUGCUGUGCGAUGGUUUAGAUGUUUGACUUGAUUCUAACAUAAUUGAAUGAUGAAGUGGAAAAACCGUGGAUGGUGACAUUGGCAAUCUACCAGCUGCCAAGGCUGGCACAGAAAUAAAUACAUGAAUAAAUUGAUCUUCCUGCUUUUCACACUAA